GCCUCGCCUCGGCCAUGUGGGUCCGCUUCGCCCCCCUGCGCCUGCCUCUCCGCCGCCGCCUCCAGACGGCCGCCGUGCUGCAGUGGGUCUUCUCCUUCCUGGCGCUGGCUCAGUGCUGCCUGGGCGUGUUCGUGGCGCUGCUGCUGGGCGAGGGCUGGGCGCUGGCCGCCCUCUACGCCGCCUGGCUCUACCUGGACUGGGAGACGCCGGCCCGCGGCGGCCGCCGCUCGGCCUGGGUGCGCCGCUGGCCCCUCUGGCGCUACUUCCGCGACUACUUCCCCAUCACGCUGGAGAAGGUGGCGGAGCUGGACCCGGCGCGCAACUACCUGUUCGGCUUCCACCCGCACGGCGUGCUGGUGGCCGGGGCCUUUGGGAACUUCUGCACGGAGGCCACGGGCUUCCGCGAGCUCUUCCCGGGCCUCACCCCCCACCUGCUGAUGCUGCCCUUCUGGUUCAAAGUGCCCUUCUUCCGAGACUACCUCAUGAGCGGGGGGCUGGUGUCCUCGGAGAAGGCCAGCGCCUCCUACCUGCUCAGCCGAGAGGGCGGGGGCCAGGUGGCGGUGGUGGCGGUUGGGGGGCCGCCCGAGUCCCUGGAUGCCCGCCCCGGGGCUUUCACCCUCCAGAUCCUGAGCCGCAAGGGCUUCAUCAAGAUGGCGCUGCAGCAUGGAGCUGCCCUGGUGCCCGUCUUCUCCUUCGGAGAGAAUGAGCUCUUCAAUCAGGUGCCGAACCCGGAGGGCUCCUUCAUCCGGACGAUGCAGGAGCGGCUCCAGAAGGCCAUGGGGCUGGCCCUGCCUCUCUUCCACGCCCGGGGCGUCUUCCAGUACAGCUUUGGGCUCCUGCCUUUCCGGAGGCCCAUCCGUACCGUGGUGGGGGCCCCAAUCCUCGUGCCCAAGAUCCCCCAUCCGUCUCCGGAAGCCAUUGACCAGUUGCACAAGCUCUAUCUGGAGAAGCUCGUCCAGCUGUUUGAAGACAACAAAGUCAAAUACGGGGUGCCCGAAAACAAGCAUCUCAACCUGAUCUAG